AUGCUUUGCCGGUUCAAGGAUAUCAGAGCUUGUUUUUUGGAAGGAAAGCAGGAUGGAGCGAAGUACGUGACAACUCUAGAGCACCAUCUGCUACCUUUUGCGGAGGAUCUACCAAUUACUUGGACGUUUAUGCAGGAUGGCGCACCUUGCCAUCGUUCACUGCUGGCGAAAGAAUGGCUCUCGGACAACGGUAUAUCGCUUCUAGAGUGGCCUGCGUACUCGCCAGACCUGAAACCAAUCGAGAAUCUGUGGGGUAUACUCGUGAGAUCCGUUUAUGCGCAACAGAGGCAAUUUGAAGAUAUUGAGUCUCUUACUGAGUGUAUCAUGGAAGCUUGGGCAAAUAUUGCACCCAAUACGCUCCGAAAACUUACUGAAUCUAUGCAGAAGCGGUGCGUUGAUGUUGUGUACGCCAAGGGGAAGAAGAUAUGCUAUUAA